GGUCGCAGUAGGAGAGGUCGAGCGUCCCCCUUUCUCGUGGACCCAGAGCAGAAUGAAUGCGGAAAAUGCGGUAGACUUGGCCACAACUCACGUACAUGCAUUUGGACACUUAGUCAGGAUGGCGCAGUUCCACUUGCUGGACCCUCACUACGACGAGCACCACAGGGGCCGUCUCACCGCAGAGGGAGAGGUGUUGCCCGUUCUGCGGGUCCGGACCCACGACCGGUUUCUGGAGGAGAUGAGGUACGAUGAGAGGUACACUCCUCUCCUACAGAGGGCUGGCUUGGACGUCGUAUCGUACCAGGUUCGCCGUGGGCUGCCCACUUUCAACCCAGCGGCGUUGAUGGCUCUGGUCGACAUGUGGCGGCCAGAGACUCACACUUUCCACCUUCCCUGCGGUGAGAUGACCGUGACGCUUGAAGAUUGCCAGAAGAUUCUUGGUCUCAUCAUUAUUGGUCGUCCAGUGACCGGUCAGGCAUCACCAGGCGGUUGGAGGCAGAGGGUGGAGGCCUUUCUUGGGAGACUGCUUCCGGAUGACCUACGAGGUAGCCACAACACCGGAGUCCCACUGACCUGGCUUAGGCAGACCUUUGGGCAGUGUCCACCUGGUGCAAACGAGCAGACGGAUACGACAGGAGGUUACAGCUGGGCUUCUGUAGUGUUGGCCUUCCUGUACAGAGUUGCUCGACAGUUCGGAUUGCGACAGGAGUUUCCGGUGGAGCCAUUCUCGACUUCAAUAGAACUUCAUAAGUUCGACAGACAGAGACAGAAGAAGGUCAUGGACUUCGAGACCCACCACCGUGAUUACAUUGAUGAAUGGGAACAACAGGGGGAUCUUAACUAUGAGAACGACCAGGCGCACACAAACUACAACUUCCGGAGAGGGUAUCAUGUCGUCUUCGUCGUGCAGCGGCUCGGUGUGGAUGCCGGUCUCUAG